AUGUCCAACUAUCAGCUGCACGCGAACGAUACGACCAUUUCGAUACCUCGAAUAAUCACGGUCGACAGUGUAAAUUACUACGAAAUUCUAGUAAAAUGCGGUCAGGUGAUGUGGACGGUCAACCAUCGGUUUCGCGACUUUGCCGAGCUGCACGACCGCCUCGUCGCGGAACGGGGCGUAUCGAAGGACAAACUUCCGCCAAAGAAGGUGCUCGGCAACAAGAGCCCUUCGUUUCUCAAGAAACGGCAGGAGGCGCUGGAGCAGUACCUGAAAGAGAUGUUCAUAUUUCUCAAGGUGACCAUGCCGCGGGAGUUUGUCGAAUUUCUCGACUUCCACCGGUACGACAUCAUCUUCAUAGUGCAGCAUCUCGCAAGCUCGCUGUUUUUGCGCGGUGAUGCGUUUUUGGCCAAGUCGAAAAAGUACGGCUUCUCGGUGCUAGAGCUGCACGCCAUCAGCGAACGGAUGCAGUUACCUUGUCCGGCGACGGAAGCGGCGUGUAGCAACUACAACUUUUCUCACAUACUCGACUUUUGCGCCCAGCUGGAGACUAUCAUCGUGCUGCCAACAAAGAAUAGCCUGCCGACAAUUCUGUACGACGGUGAUACGGAUAAGUACAUUCCGCACGCGCUCCACAAACCGAUCGGCAGCAGCAAUCUCAUUCCGGUGCAGCUUCGGUACGAGUUGAUCGCGUUCAAGGUGUUGCGCAAUCUCAUUAUUUACGGUGUUCCGACGGAAAACAUUCAAAAUAUAGGUGCCUUGCGUGAAACGCUCUCAAGGAUAGAAGUGUACAAAAGCGAAACCAAGCAAAUCUGCCAAAUUGCACUGUGUGAUAAUGUCCACAAGGACGCAGCCGAGGAGGAGCUUGAUAAAUUAAAGCAAUGGAAAACCCUCCGGCACGCGGUGUUUAAAGACAACCAGCUGACGGUCAUCGACCGGACGAUAAGGCUGUUUCCGAGCUUGAAGGAUCUGGUACUGGAUAAGAACAAGCUGGAAAGCAUCGCCCAUCUUAGCCACUUGAACAAUCUGCAGGUGCUUAGCCUGCGCUGCAAUCGAAUAGCACAGUGUCCGAACUGGCACGUGCAGCUGGGGAAUUUAGUUACGCUAAACCUAUCGCAGAAUCGUAUCCGCCUGCUGGAAGGUCUUGCCAAGCUGUACUCGCUGGUGAAUCUCGACUUGAGCUGCAAUUUGAUCGAUGACAUAAAUGAAAUCGACUACAUAGGCAACCUUCCGUUGCUGGAGAAUUUGCGACUGUUAGGAAAUCCCGUGGCCGGCGGAGUUGAUUAUCGGGCACGAGUUCUUUCGAGGUUCGGCGAUCGUCUACAGGAAAUAUACCUGGAUAAUGAGAAGGGCAACCACACGGAAUACGACAUGGCGCUCGUGCUGGCGGCUCUACGAAUAUCGGCCCAAAAGUCGCAACGUAAACUCCACAGCCUGCUGGACGCUAGUUCAGUGACCCAGAGUGCUGAAGGGGAUGCUGUUGUGGCAGCGACAGUCGAAGAGGCCAGCUCGAGCAAAGCGAACAACAGAUGAAAUUACGCUACAUUCCUGGAUGAGCGAAAAAUCAUCCUUGGCUAUGAAUAUAUGUGCCGAGAUUGUCUGUAUGGGGGUUCAUUUAACGUUUUUUUAUUUUGUAGCAUACGUACCGCGAAGGUAGUUGCCAGAAGGAACAGAGAGUUUAGUGUAUGUUUGUAUGCAGUUGGUAAUAAUAUUUUCUCCCAGAUAUCUUGGACGGAUAGCAUCACAGCAAAGCUGCGCUGAACUACCUUAGAUAUUAAACCUAUCGUUGACCAGAACGCAAACUGUUCAGAAGAUUUUGUUUUGUGCAAAAAAGUGGACAAUUACGCAUGUAACAAGUGCGUUUAUGAUGCAAUAUAA